AGCAUGCCGGUCGAUUGAGCAAAACGCAUGUUGCUAAAGAGUAUAAUAUAAAAUGAAAGUAGUGAAAGAGUGAAUUUCUAUGUACAGGGAGCUAGUUGAAACAUAUUCAGCAGAAAUGAGGACUUUGAGCACCAGGAUCUUGGAACUGAUAGGUGAAGGACUGGGACUAGAAGAAGCGUAUUUUGGGAAGGAGUUGAGUGAAAGACAGGCGCUGGUUGUGAACCAUUAUCCCCCUUGUCCAGACCCAAGUUCAGCCAUGGGUUCACCUCCUCACUGUGACCCUAACCUCAUAACUUUCCUUCAGCAGAAAAUUUAUGGACUUCAGAUCUUCAAAGAUGGCCAGUGGGUUGGGGUUCAUCCUCUUCCCUAUGCAUUUGUUGUCAUCAUUGGUUACCAGCUGCAGAUUAUCAGCAACAAUAAGCUAGUAGCUGGCGAUCAUCGUGCAGUUACGAAUUCAGAAAGUGGUCGGACUUCAAUAGGGACCUUUGUUGCUCCUGCUGGAGAUUGUAUAGUGGAGCCAACAAAGGCUCUUGUCAAUGGUGGCAAUCCUGCACUUUUUCAGGCUUUCAAAUAUCAGGAGUUUCUUGAUGACUUUGUGGCCAAAAAGGAUUCUCAGAAGACACUAGAGGCGUUCAAGAUUAAUUGCUAAAUAAAUGGACAAUGCUUCUCUAAUGAAGUAUUCUAUUUCAGGCUUUUAGAAAUGUCCUCAUAUGCAAUAUGAUGCUUAAUUAAUAUUGGAAGUACGUACUACUCCCUUCGAUGCAGCUUAUGAAACUAUAUCUGUUUCUAAGAAAAUUAUAUA